AUGAGGACAGGAUUACGUCUUCUUCUUGACGUUCAUCAGGACGACUAUAUGCCAACAACAGAAGCGGCUGGUGUACGUAUUGUUGUUCAUGAACAGGAUCAAGAACCGUUUCCGGACACCUUCGGGUACAGUGCGCCGACAGGAUUUGUGUCGUCAUUUGGGUUGAAGACGAAAGUGCUUCAUAGAAUGGAUGCUCCAUAUGGGGCAUGCAGCGACACGUUUCGGCCGGAGCGGUACAUCUAUGAGGAACAUUAUUCUCCUGAAGGUUGCCAUCGGAGCUGUUUUCAACUGAAAGUGCUCGAUCAGUGUGGUUGUGGCGAUCCACGAUUUCCGCUACCAUCCGAUGGGAAGCGAUAUUGCAGUGCGAAAAGUGUUGCUGACAGUCAGUUUCUUGUUGAA